AUGACAAAAUACGCACUUGGUGCUGGAAUCAAAUGUUUGGAAUACUACGAAAAACUCUUCAAUUACGCCUUUCCGCUAAAGAAGCAAGAUAUGAUAGCACUUCCUGAUUUUUCGGCUGGUGCAAUGGAAAACUGGGGAAUGAUUACUUACAGGGAAAAUUCUCUUCUUUACGACAAAAUGUUGUACGGUCCAGUAAGUAAGCUCAGGGUUUCAUACGUUAUUGCACAUGAACUUGCUCAUCAGUGGUUCGGAGACCUGGUAACUAUGAAAUGGUGGGAAGAUGUAUGGCUGAACGAAGGUUUUGCCACACAUGUUCAGUUCUUGGGUACGGACAAAAUCAGCGAUAAAAAGAUGAGAAUGGAGGAGUACUUUUUGCUUGAUGCACUUACGCCAGCGUUGACGCGAGAUUCUAUCUCUUCAAGUCAUCCACUUUCCUUCCAAAUCGAUAAAGCCGGAGAAGUUUUUGAGGCUUUUGACACAAUCUCCUAUCAAAAAGGAGCUUCAGUACUUCGAAUGCUCUUGGCUAUCAUUGGUCGGGAGAAUUUUGAACGUGGUAUUGCGCACUAUGUGUCAAAGUUCGCCUAUAAAAACGCGCAAGCUUCUGAUCUCUGGGAAGCUAUGGAUGAAGUUCUCGGCGACGUUUCAGGUCCAAAUGGAAAACUGAAAAUCGCUGAAUACGCUGAUCAGUGGACCAUACAGAUGGGAUUCCCCAUUGUUACUGUCCAAUGCAACUCGACGCAUGCAAAAGUGACGCAAGAACGAUACCGUCGUAAUCCCAAUGCUAAGGAUCCUAAAAAAUACGCGAAUCCAAAAUAUGGAUUCAAGUGGGAAGUUCCAAUUUGGUACCAGGAAGGUGGUGGUGAAGUGCAACUAGCUUGGUUAGGUAGAGGUAGGAAAACAAAUCUUCAUUCAUAAUG